AUGGCAGGACCAGCAAAGCUGACCCCGCCGCCUUCGCCGCCCUCUCCGUCAGCGUCAUACUACGAUAUUAGCGAUGAUGAAGAAAGCGAGUACAACACCAUUGCGCAUUCCAGCUCGGGGAGAGGCGUGAAGCUUUUAUUUUCAAAGAGCAAGGUGUAUAUACAUCCUACGCCCUCUGCAAAAGACAACAUCCCGGGUUUCAUUGCGCUGUUACAACAAAAGCCCGUGACCGUCCCAAUAUCUCAAAAUGUAUCAAACAAUACCUCCGGAUCGUCACAAAAGGACAAUGCUUCCUCCUACCUCCUCGCAUGGGUGCCGGAAUCCGCCAUGGGUGACGCCUACGACACCUAUGUAAAAGUCGACCUUUCCGAAAAUAACUCUCCGCCUCGACAGAGCUACCUCGUCCCAGCGCUUCCUACGAUGACUACAUACUCAGAUACGAUCGGGAUGUAUGCCUUUGCCGUUCCGCUCUCCGAGAUAUAUUCCUUAUGGGUGCGGCCACCCAGUCUUGGGUGGUGGUAUGGAAGCUUAGUUAUCUGCACAAAGUCUGGGGACAACUUUCCAGCUCUCUUCUUCCACGAUAACGAGUGCGAGUCUACUAUAUUACAGAAGCGAAGGAUGACUCGCGAGAGUUUUGACCCUUUCUCGGCGGACGGUAGCAUGUUCUGGGGCGGAGAUGAGGUCUUGCGAUGGGUGAGGCGGUAUGCGGACGUUCAACGAGCCGGUGCUGAUCCAAGCAAAUAUCUCAUCAAUCCAUCAGAGGAAGAUAAGCUUUCAUUUGGUCGCGCCCUUGGAUCUAAAUCGGAUGCAGCUAAGGGCCCUUCUUCAAAAGAAGCACCGCGUGAUGCCGCCAUGGAUCCUAUUACGAAAGCUCUUAAAGAAACGAGGUGGAAAGUCCUGGAGGGAUUCAGUCGGAUUAGUACGUUUACAAGACGGACUGCUAAUGAUCUGGCUGAAAAUCCUAUCAUUCCGACGCAAGUGCGGCGAUUAAUGAAGAACCCCGAGAUACAAACGUUGCAAAAUGAAUUCGAUAGCGCCAGAAUUUACCUUGCACGAUGGGCGAUGAACAUUGCCGAACAAAGCGAGCGGGAAAGGAAUCAACGUAUCUGGACGGCGCAGGAUGUGCUCGCAUCAGAGGACAGUUCCGUUGGGGAGUUUGAAAUUCUUGAGCUUGAGACGGGAACAAUGUCCUUACAAGAACGCCGGAAACCGGUUACGUUACAAGAAUGGAAUAGCUGGUUCAGUAGCCACGACGGCCAUCUACAGAUGACUGUUGACGAGGUCAAAGAACGAAUUUUCCACGGCGGUCUUGAUCCUAACGACGGCGUCCGAAAGGAAGCUUGGUUGUUUCUAUUGGGCGUGUAUCCAUGGAAUAGUAGCGAAGAUGAUCGACGAGCUGUCAUGAACUCUCGCAGAGAUCAGUAUGUGAGAUUGAAGGGAGCAUGGUGGGAGAGGAUGGUCGAUGGAGAUGCGUCAAGCAGUGAAUACGAGUCGUGGAAAGAGCAGAAAGCGCGUAUUGAGAAAGAUGUUCAUCGUACCGACAGAACCAUUCCGCUGUUUUCUGGAGAAGAUAUACCUCAUCCUGAUCCGGACUCGCCAUUCGCCGAUGCGGGGACCAAUGUUCACUUGGAGCAGAUGAAAGAUAUGCUCUUGACCUAUCAUGAGUAUAACCCUGGACUGGGCUAUGUCCAGGGCAUGAGCGAUCUACUUGCUCCUGUCUAUGCUGUUAUGCAAGAUGAUGCAGUAGCUUUUUGGGGGUUUGUGGGAUUCAUGGAGAGAAUGGAACGCAACUUUCUAAGGGAUCAAUCAGGCAUGCGUGCUCAACUCCUUACACUGGAUCAUCUAGUUCAGCUCAUGGAUCCUCAACUUUACCUCCACCUCCAAUCCGCUGACAGCACAAAUUUCUUUUUCUUUUUCCGAAUGCUUCUGGUAUGGUACAAGCGCGAAUUCGAAUGGGGUGACAUUCUGCGACUAUGGGAAACAUUGUGGACAAAUUACUACUCCAGCAGUUUCCAUCUAUUCAUCGCAUUAGCCAUUCUGGAGAAGCACCGAGAUGUCAUCAUGGACCAUCUCAAGCAUUUUGAUGAGGUCUUGAAAUACAUCAACGAACUCUCAAAUACAAUGGAACUCAUCCCCAUCCUUACACGCGCAGAGUCACUCUUCCGUCGAUUUGAGCGUGUAGUCCAAGCAGUCGACAAGAAAAACAACUUCCCCAUGCCCGGCGGUGUCAGCACUCCAUCCGAUUCGCAGUCUCAAAAGGGGAAAUUACCCUCUCGUCCGACAGACACUGAAAGGAAAGAAAGGGUCAUAUCUCCUGAACUUCGUCAGCUGCUGAGUCGUGAAAAUAUAACAGUCGCUUCGCUUAGCCAGACGGAACAAGCUGGUUCAAGUACUACGAAACCGUAG